GGAGUAACAUGGCCGCUGCCCCUUGAGCACCGCAGGCGCCGGGCGGGAGUGUGUGCGCGAGCCGUUAGGCGGCGGGGACAGGUGCGCGGGGGCGGGGGGCCGGGCCCGGGUUCGGAGGCGGCGCGCGGGGGCGGAGGGAGCAGGCAGGCGGGGAACGUGGUGGUCCAUGAGCCGGCGCCGCUGGCAGCGCCGAGCCGCCGACCUCCCUGGCCCCGGCGCUCCCGGCUUCGCCGCGGGCUGAGGAGUCGCGGGGCUCCGGGGAGCGCCCCGCGCGCUGCCACCAUGAACCCCGAGAAGGACUUCGCGCCGCUCACGCCCAACAUCGUGCGCGCCCUCAAUGACAAGCUCUACGAGAAGCGGAAGGUGGCCGCGCUGGAGAUCGAAAAGCUGGUCCGGGAGUUCGUGGCCCAGAACAACGCAGUGCAGAUCCAGCACGUGAUCCAGACGCUGUCGCAGGAGUUCGCGCUGUCCCAGCACCCGCACAGCCGCAAGGGCGGCCUCAUCGGCCUGGCCGCCUGCUCCAUCGCGCUGGGCAAGGACUCGGAGCUGUACCUGAGGGAGCUGGUGGAGCCAGUGCUGACAUGCCUGGGCGACUCAGACAGCCGCCUGCGCUACUACGCCUGCGAGGCACUCUACAACAUUGUCAAGGUGGCGCGUGGCGCCGUGCUACCGCACUUCAACGUGCUCUUCGACGGGCUCAGCAAGCUGGCCGCUGACCCAGACCCCAAUGUGAAGAGCGGAUCGGAGCUUCUGGACCGGCUGCUGAAGGACAUCGUGACAGAGAGCAGCAAGUUUGACCUGGUGGGCUUCAUCCCCCUGCUGCGGGAGAGGGUCUACUCCAACAACCAGUACGCGCGGCAGUUCAUCAUCUCCUGGAUCCAGGUGCUGGAGUCCGUGCCGGACAUCAACCUACUGGACUACCUGCCCGAGAUCCUGGAUGGACUCUUCCAGAUCCUGGGCGACAACGGCAAAGAGAUCCGAAAAAUGUGUGAAGUGGUGCUGGGGGAGCUUCUGAAGGAGAUCAAGAAGAACCCCUCCAGCGUCAAGUUCGCUGAGAUGGCCAACAUCCUGGUCAUCCACUGCCAGACCACGGAUGACCUGAUCCAGCUGACGGCCAUGUGUUGGAUGCGCGAGUUCAUCCAGCUGGCCGGCCGCGCCAUGCUCCCCUACUCCUCGGGGGUCCUCACUGCCGUGCUGCCCUGCCUGGCCUACGACGACCGCAAGAAAAGUAUCAAAGAAGCAGCCAACGUGUGCAACCAGAGCCUCAUGAAGCUGGUCACCCCCGAGGACGAUGAGCCCGAUGAGCCCAGGCUGGGGGCGCUGAAGCAGGCGGAAGCCAACCCCGACGACACCCCUGCCAAGCCCGGGGGCCCAGCCAGUGGAGCCCCCGACGGAGCCUGCGAGCCCAGCUUCAAUAGCGACUUCAGUGUCUUCACCCCGACAAGCUCUGACCGGGCCCCUGGCGCGCUCCACCUGGAUGGGAUCGUGCAGGUGCUCAACUGCCACCUGAGUGACACGGCCAUUGGCAUGAUGACCCGGAUCGCCGUGCUCAAGUGGCUGUACCACCUCUACAUCAGGACACCCCGGAAGAUGUUCCGGCACACAGACAGCCUCUUCCCCACCCUGCUGCACACGCUGUCAGACGAGUCAGACGAGGUGAUCCUGAAGGAUCUGGAGGUGCUGGCAGAAAUCGCGUCCUCCCCUGCUGGCCAGACGGAUGACCCAGGUCCCCUGGACGGCCCUGACCUGCGAGUCGGCCACUCGGAGCUCCAGGUGCCCACAGCCAGCAGGGCCAGCCUGUUGCCACCCGGUUCCAAAGGCCUAGAAUCUUCUCCUUCCACGCCCACCAUGAACUCCUACUUCUACAAGUUCAUGAUCAACCUUCUCAAGAGGUUCAGCAGCGAGCGGAAGCUCCUGGAGGCGAGAGGCGCUUUCAUCAUCAGGCAACUGUGCCUGCUGCUGAACGCCGAGAACAUCUUCCACUCCAUGGCCGACAUCCUGCUGCGGGAGGAGGACCUGCGCUUCGCAGCCAGCAUGGUGCACACGCUCAACACCAUCCUGCUCACCUCCACCGAGCUCUUCCAACUGCGCCACCAGCUCAAGGACCUGAGGACCCCGGAGAGCCGGAGUCUGUUCUGCUGCCUGUACCGCUCCUGGUGCCACAACCCUGUCACCACCGUCUCUCUGUGCUUCCUCACCCAGAACUACCGGCACGCCUACGACCUCAUCCAGAAGUUCGGGGACCUGGAAGUGACCGUGGACUUCCUCACGGAAGUGGACAAGCUGGUGCAGCUCCUGGAGUGCCCCAUCUUCACGUACCUGCGCCUCCAGCUGCUGGACGUGAAGAACAACCCGUACCUGAUCAAGGCGCUAUACGGGCUGCUCAUGCUCCUGCCCCAGAGCAGCGCCUUCCAGCUGCUGUCCCGCCGGCUGCAGUGCGUGCCCAACCCCGAGCUGCUGCAGCCCGAGGACGGCCCGACGGCAGCCCCCGGGUCCCAGAAGGGCGAGUCCCCGAACAUUGACUACGCGGAGCUGCUGCGCCACUUCGACAAGGUCCAGAAGCAGCACCUGGAAGUGCGGCACCAGCGGAGCGGCCGCGGGGACCACCUGGACCGCCGCGUGGUCCUCUGAGGGGUGCGGGGACACCAUGCGCCCACGCAGUGGUCCCGAAGCACUCAGGGCUCCCCACACCGCCUCCAGAGCAGCGGGCCUGGGGCUGCUCAGCCUCACCACCGCCCUGCCAGCUGCGCCCUGACAUCUGGACGAAGCUGGCUUCCCCCCAGGGCAGGCCACAGCCUGGGCCGCCCCACCCUCUGGUCUCGCCUCGCCUCCCAAGACCC